CUAGAACCGUUCCAAAGUCACCACCGAAACUACCGCUCGAACCAAACCAAUCCAAAAUGAAGUGCAUGGUAGCUGCAGUCAUCUUGGCCCUGGCCGUCGUCUCGGAAGCUGGUAUCCUGCCGUACGGAGGUUGGCCCUACGCACAUCUGGCCGCUCCGACCGUGAUCCAGUCGAACGUGUUGGCUCAUCCGUAUGGUGCCAUCUCGCACGCUGCCAUCCAUAGUGCUUACGCCCACGCUGCUUAUGCUCCACAUGCCGCCAUCUUGGCUGCCCCGCAUGCUGCCAUCUGGGCCGCUCCUCAUGCUCCAGCUGCCUCGGUUGCCCACCAUGCUGGUGUUGUUCCUGGAGCUACCUCGGUGACGGCUACUCGUGGUGCUGUCCAUGUUGCGCCUCUGCCAGGACACGCUGUGUCGCAGCAGCAGCUUAACCUUGCCCCGGCACCUGGAACGAUCUAAGUGCGGACGAUCGCCAAACACUUCCUACACCAUCUGUCGUCUAUCGCUGUUUUGUCGAAAUUGUGCUAUCCCGGUUCGCAGUAGAGUCCUUUCGGGCCUGGUUUAGACCAUGACGCGCGCGUGCGCGAGUGCACCAAAUGAAUAGACUAAAAUUGGUU